AUGGGGUUAACAGGGCAUGGAUUAAAUAGUAAAAAUGAUUUAGAGAGUCUUCUGAAAGGAGUGACUGAAUUAAAGGUGGAAGAAAGCAAUGUCCCCUCUCACCUGCUGAUCCAUGGGUCUUUAGCAUUCCCUGUCAGAUUAGAUGACUCCCACCAGUCAUUUCUUGCAGCAGCUCACUAUGGAAGGGGUCGUGUUGUGGUAGCCAACCAUGAAAAACAGCUCUAUGCACCAGCAAUGAAAACUUUUAUCCUCAGUGCUAUCCACUGGCUGGAUGCAGGAAAGGGAGGGAAAGUUGGCCUUGGAAACAACAGGCAAAACCUUUGCCCUCUGCUAAGUCAGGAGAAGAUCUUGUGUGAGCUAGCAGACCAGAAGGACAACCUGUGUGUGUAUUGCUGCACAGCCUAUAGUGACAGAGGGGCAGAAAAGAUGCAGGAGUUUGUUGCAGAAGGAGGUAGACUGCUGAUCAGGGGACAGGCCUGGUCAUGGGCUACAGGCAAUACUGGCCAUCAUGCCAUUGCUGAGUAUCCCAGCAACCAAAUAUUGAACAAGUCUGGAAUUGCAAUCCCGGAGAAAAUCCUUGUGGUAUUGAAAUACCCAGCUGUAUGCUUUGAAGGUGCUUCCUCCCAUUACCACUUUCGCUGGGCACUCUUUCAAUUUCAGCAAUACCUUAAGAAAAAAGAGCCUCUAAAACCCCAUCUUCUUCAGAUAAAGAAGCUGGGUGAGGAUUUGACAGCAUUCAUAAAGAUCCCAGCUCAGGACUCUCCACCUUUCUUCUCCAUUCAGAAGGAGCCGGCUGAGCUGGUCCUGGCUAAUGGAGUCCCCCAUGUCAGUGCAGAAAACCCCAUCAAAGGCAAGUCUGAGGAAGCAGUUUUAAUCCACUUAGCUGCAGAGCACUACGAUAUCUUCCCUGAAUUCCAAAAAUAA